AAGAAUCCAGUAAAUAGAAGCCCGGAGCACGAGCCCAGUGUCGGGCUGACGUCACAGCCCCAGCAAAGCUCGGGCUGAGUUGUAAGCGCGAGCUCAGACGGAGGCGCGCCGAGGCAGCGGACACAGCGACGAUGAGCUCCGGUCGGUGCGACUCUGCCGCCGUUUGACGGGAAUUAACGCCGACCUUCACUCUUUUUCUGGGUUAUUUCUUUCUCCCGCAGCCACGUAAACAAACCGACGACAUUUUGGAGCGUUUUCCAGCCGCCUCGGGGUUACAACAUGUCCUCCGCAGCGGUCGCUGCCUCCAGAAGGCAGUCCUGCUAUCUGUGCGACCUGCCACGCAUGCCGUGGGCGAUGAUCUGGGAUUUUACCGAGCCCGUGUGCCGCGGAUGUGUCAACUACGAGGGUGCAGACCGGAUUGAAUUUGUAAUCGAGACCGCCCGGCAGCUGAAGAGAGCGCACGGCUUUCAGGAGGGCCGCUCUCCGGGCCCAGGGAAGCCCCAGCAUGCCGGGAAGGACAUGAACCACUCGGCUGGAGACCCGGGCUCGCGUCCGCCACAGCCCCUGGACCGCUACCCGCUGUCCGACCGGCCGCCCCGCCUGGGACCGGAGUACCAGGCGGGCAGGCAGGCGAACGGCCUUCCCGUGCCGAAUGGAUUUCCUAAACCCGACGAGCCUCCGGAACUGAACCGCCAGAGCCCCAACCCCCGCAGGACUAACACGGUUCCUCCCAGCCUGGUGCCGCUGGUGAACGGCGGCAUAUCGGCUGUACAUCCGCUCAACGGCCGACCGACGCAGAUGGGUCUUCCUGGGGCUCUGGUCGCGCCUGGCCCCGGGGAGCACGGUAAGCGUCCGGAGGAGCUGAAAGACAAGCACAGGCCGGACAGCCUGUCCGACAUGUCAGACGGCCACAAGGAGUGGAUAGGCAAAGGCAAGACCGUCCGGGACCUGAUGGCGCUGCACACGUUCGGGUUCAAGAAGGAGCACGCCGCCAUGCAGCGGGUGAUGGCGUACGAGACGAGUGCCACUUCCUCUAAAACAGACAGGGGGAAGCACCCUCGCCCUGGGAAGAGGAAGGCCUCCCCGGAGCCAGACGGUGAAAGCAGCGCCUCCAAGAUGAAUGGCAGCGAGGGUCAGCCCUGGCUCCCCUCACCCUCCGAGGUCCUGAAGAUGCCCCCAGCCGCCCUGCCAGGCUUCUCGGCGGCUCCCCCCUCCACCAUCUCCCCACACUCCCGCACCACUCCCCCAGAGGCCGCCACAGCGCAGAAUGGCCAGUCCCCCAUGGCUGCCCUCAUCCUGGCCACUGACAAUGCAGGCAGCACGGGCUCACCUAAGGACGGCAACCAGGUACACUCCACCACGGCGGGCGCACGGCGGAACAGUGGUAGCCCCUUGUCGCCCUCCUCGGCCUCUCAGAGGAGGCUGGCCCAGAGGGAGGGUCCUGUGGGUGCCAACCCUGCUGCACCACACGUGCCUGGUGGCAUGGACCCCCAUGCGCCGCCACCGCUGCCGCAGAGCAUUCCAGACUCUUCCGUGCCGCCUGGCAGCGUGCCGCUGUGCUGUACUCUGUGCCACGAGCGGCUGGAGGACACUCACUUCGUCCAGUGCCCGUCUGUGCCCUCCCACAAGUUCUGCUUCCCCUGCUCUCGGGAGAGCAUCAAGCAGCAAGGCGCCACCGGUGAGGUGUACUGCCCCAGCGGCGAGCGGUGCCCGCUGGUGGGCUCCAAUGUGCCCUGGGCAUUCAUGCAGGGGGAAAUAGCCACCAUCUUGGCUGGGGACAUAAAGGUCAAAAAGGAGAGGGACCCUUAAGACGGUCACCAGCUCUUUUUCUUGAACGUUUUUCUCUUGUAACACAACUACGGCAACAACAGCAGGACAUUAGGUAACACACACAAACCCAAACAUACAUCACCCGCCAAGCCCCAGAGAAACUGACGGACAUGUACAUAUUGGACACAAGGGAAGUGUAUACUUCAUAAACAUGGUUGUAUAAUUUUUUUGAUUUUUCUUUUUCAGUACAUUGUGUUUCUAUAUUUUUGACGAUAAAAAGGUAUGUACUCCUCAUAACAGACUUUUUGCCAUCACACAUGUUUUUUUUUUUUUGUUUUUUUUUUUAAUCUAUCGAUGUACCUUAGGGUCUGGAGACAGUCUCUGUCAAACAUAGAAUGUGACUAAUCCAAGCACUUGGCAAAAAUUAUUAAUAAAAAGGCAAAGAAAAAUGCUUCUAGCUGUACAUGUAUGCACUUGUUUAAGAAAAAAACUUGCCAAAUACAGUUUCAGACCUUGUAAUAAUAACGCCAGUGUCUCUGUGCUUUACUUAUUUUCCAUAACCAGCGAGCCAGGAGUCAGUUGGAGAGUCAUGGCCUGAUUGUGAAUCAGCCAUGAUGCAAUACCUCCCAGCAGGAACAAACUGGCCUCCAGGGAAGAGUGGGUGGAAAGAAAAAGUCAAGGAGAGAUAGCUGGACGAGGAGGGAGGGGGUGAAGGCUGGGGUAGCGGUGUGUUGCAUAAACGCUGUGUACAGUAAAUCACAUGUGGGCGGGCCGAGGCUUCUCGCCACCGAGGCCUCGUGUCCUGCGAGUGUUGAGAGAUAAGAGGGCCUAAAAAUAGUCGUCUGUGAAAAUGCGCUGCGCGUGGCUUUAAAGCGACGCCGGCUGAUGCGUUUGUUCGUGUCAAAACAACUCUCCCGGUGCGUCACAUGUCCUCUGCCACACUGUGUUUCGACUCUAAUCCAUUGUUGACAUGUCUGGAUCUAGACGUUUUUCCUCCUCGUGUUGCUGACUAACACUCCCUCAUUGCACAGAAUCAGCUCAUCAGCCGCCUCUCGUACAAACGCUGGCAGCAGAUCGGCGGCUGUUGCUGCCUGAACCCACGCCCUGAUUCCAGUGAAAACAUACUGGAGACAUGAGGUCAUGAGCGGUGGCGGCGGCGGCGGUACGCUGGGACUCUUACAACGGAAGCUGAGAGAGCAGCCUGUCACUGGUUUUUCCACAUAACUCCCCGUCAUGCUGUCAGGAUGACAGAGCCGCCGCGGGGCUCUGUUUUGGUCCCCGGGGGAACGAAUCCAAACAGGCGUGUAGCUCCACAACAAACCUGCUUCAUCAGACAAAAUGGUUGCUGUCGGCGUGGAUUUGGAUAAGGCUUAAAUCUCGCUUACUGUGUCUGUUUUUUUUUUUUUUUUCCCCCUCACUCCCCGCUCCUCAUCUUACAGCAUGUAUUUGGUGCUUCGGUUCUAUUUUUGAGUUCAAAUUCUCUGCAAGUUUUUGCUGGUGGAUAUUCUCUCUCCGUCACAUUUGACUGGUUUUGACUUGAGGAAGAAGCAUAACAAGGAGGGACCUUAGCCCCGGAGAGAGCCGGAGGGGGGCAGGGGGAUAUAAAUGCCUUGCUCAGGGGUCACGUGCUCCUCAGUGGAAUUCCUGAGUCACCGUCCUCCCUCCCUCCGGUCUUCCUCUCCGUCUCCUCCCCCCAUCUCUGCUGCAAUAACACGCCUUCCAGUGUUCGAGGCCGAUCACACAGUAAGUGGAUGAAUGGGGGCCUGUGUGUGUUUAUGCUGGGGGCCCAUCGCUUUCAGCCGCCAUUCAGAGAGGAAAAAAAAAACCCCUGAGCUCCCUGCUUCCACCGCAGACGGUCUGUUUACAGGCCGACUCGGGUUUCAGCCUCUCCUGCCAGCACGUUGAACUGUACAGAAAUCUGUUCUUUGUUGUCGCAAAAAUCUCGACGGGAGCCCCGGAGGAGAUGGAAAUGGAAAUAUUUUUUAAGCUUUCUUCUUUACAUUAAGCACAAAAAAAAAAGUCACAUUGUCAGGCUGAAGCCUUCUGGUCGUCUUUGGAUCUCUAAAAACAGCAUUUUAGAGACGUCAGGUUUGGGGAAAGUUUGCAAAGAAUUUUUCACCAUUUUCAGGAAUGAAAAAUGAAGAAGGUUGAGCUUUACUGGUUCUGUGUUUGGCUCCAAAAGGCUCCGUGCAUCGUUCUGAAACAAUAAAAACAAGGUCUAAAAUUGGA